AGAGAUGAGCUCUAAGAAGAGCUGUAAACCGAGAAGACAAUGGACAUUAAUGACAUGAAGAGGAGAGAGAGAGGGAGGUCAGGACGAGCGAUCGGUGGGCGGAGACACACACACACGGCCAGAGGAAAUCCUCACUGCUCUAUCUGUCUCUCUCCGUCUGUGAGGGUCGUCUCGUCUUGUUCUCCUGAUGUCUUUUUGUCCAUUCUGGAGUUCGGCGGAGCGCUGAGAGGAAAGCGCAGUAUCAGCGGAUAGGCAGCAUGAGUUUGCCCACGGCCGUGUCUCCCUCCGCUCCGGAGCGCUGCGUGUCCCGGGACUCCAUGGAGGACUACUGGAGUGAGGUGAAGAACAUUGAGGAGGAGCGUCAGGGAGGACAGGAGGAGCUGAUGGAGCGGGGAAGCAUGGAUGAGGCGGAGAUUGAGGAGGCGUGGCUGCAGGAGGCGGGGCUCUCCACGCUGGUGACGGGAACGCAGAGCGACGGCCCCGCGGAGGCUCUUCUCUCCACGCUCACGCGCUCGCAGGCCGCCAUGGUGAAGAAACGGCUGGACAACUACACGCAGACGCUGCGCAAGAGGAACAAACAGCCCAUGAGACACGUGCGAGACGUCUUCUCCAUGCCCGGCGCAUCGUCUGAACUGACGCCUCCCAUUUCUCCAAACGGACAGAUCGCUCCCAAACUGCCGCAGUGGAAUCCACCUAAAGUUUCUCCGUUGUGUCCAGCGGACACUAACGGCUCCAGCAGCGUUUCAGAAACCAUCGUUUUGUCGUUUGACGUGCCGUAUUCGGAAGCAGCUCGAGCUCAUCGGAAAGGCCGUGAAUGCCAAGACUGCAGGAGGAUCCGUAAAGACGACAGGGAUUUACCGAGUUUUCAGAUAGUGAAGCCUAGACAGGGCGUGACACGAGUGAAUGAUCUGUCGUCUGAGGACAUCAAAAAGAUCGGCUACAUCUCCCUGAUCGAGCUGACCACCUUCUACGACAUCCUGGGUAUUGAGAUGAAGAGGAACCGCGUGGUGCGCAGUAAAACACGAGACAAUGGCAUAUUUGGCGUUCCUCUCACUACACUGCUGGAAAACGACCAGAAGAAAUACCCCGGUUCCAGAGUUCCUCUGGUUUUCAAGAAGUUGUUGUUUAAACUGGAGCAGACGGGUUUACAGACAGAAGGAAUUCUCAGGGUUCCUGGAUCAGCGUCCAGAGUGAAGCAUCUGCGUCAGGAGCUGGAGUUGAAGUUCUACGAGGAUCGUUUUGACUGGGAUCAAGUGCGUCAGAACGACGCGGCGGGUUUGUUGAAGAUGUUCAUCCGUGAGCUGCCGUAUCCUCUGCUGACCCAACAGCACCUGCCGGCAUUCACGGCCGCUCAGAGUAUCUCAUCACCCAAACAUCAGAUUCAGGCUCUUCAUCUUCUCAUCAUGCUGCUUCCUGAAGCCAACAGAGACACACUAAAGGCUCUUCUGGAGUUCCUGAGAAAGGUGGUGGCGUACGAGGAGAAGAACCGCAUGAGCCUGUGGAACGUCUCCAUGAUCGUCGCCCCGAACCUCUUCACGUUUCGUGGGAAGAACGUCAAACAGGAGGAAAUGCAGGGCGCCGUCUCUGCCGCCCAACUCGUGCGUCUCCUCAUUACCCAUCAGGACCUGCUGUGGACGGUCCCGUGUUUUCUGAUCUCGCACAUCAGGAAAAUGAAUGAAGCCACCAUGGGCAAGAAAACGCCAACUUCGGAGAAGAACAAACGCAGACUACUGAAGAGAUGGAACAUGGAGAAGGACCGUGAGCGCAGUGAAGUCACUGACCUUCGUGACGGCGUCAUCAGAGUUCACGCGCCGCUCAACGCCAGGGUUUCCAUGGCGAUUCAGCUCAGCACCGAGAUGAAGGCCAGAGACAUAAUGGCGCGCUUCGACAUCGAGAACGGGCGCGGGUCACGCGGCACCAGUCGAAGACAGAGACAGUAUCUGUUCGAGGUCGGAGGAAACAUCGGCGAGCGCUGCCUGGAUCCAGACGCACAUUUACUAGACGUUUACCACGCUAACCCUCACUGCGAAUGGGUCCUAAAAUCCCGGUCGACCUGAACGCGUAUGUUUACUGCAGAUGAACCCGGACACCGUCGGCUACUCCGAGGCUCUCGGUCGGAGGUCAGAGGUCAAACAUCCGCCGCCGAAGGAGUUACGCCGCGGCAGCUCAGUGCUGGUCAUUGAGUUUGUUUGGUGCCAAAACUGUGUGCGACCUUCCGAUCAGAAGCCCUCGUCAGGACGCAUGUUUCAUCGCCUUAUACCACUAGCCAGUGUAAAAAAAGAGCAUGUACAUAAUAUUUAUAGCACUAAUUUAUCCUGCUGUAUGAUAAUGAUUUUGUAUUGUUUAUAUACGCUGCAUGUUUGUGAUGAAGCCACGUGAACUUAAACACUACCAACCCUCACUGAACCUGUGAAGAACACGAGCGCUGCGUGUUUCACCCUGAAAUCAAUAGAAUGAAAGAGGAAAUGAACAUUUGUGACAUUAUUUUUAUGAAAAAAUAUUUAUUUUGCCCCAAAAUCUCAUGAUUGUGAUGAAUUACUGAAAUGGGGAUUCUUUUUUUUUUUUAAUUAUACUGCUUUAAUGUAUUAAGUUUACUGUAAAAAUGGAUGUUUUACAGAAUUGAGAAUCUAAUGAAAAUUGAGAUUAUUGAACAUAAAAAGUUUUAUUUUUUAAUUUUUCUUUUUUUAAAAAGAUUUUUAAACCAAAUGGUGAAUUUGUGUUUGAACGUGUUUAAUUCUUUUUAAAAUAAUGUCACAAAAAAGUUCUAAAAGCGAAGUAAAUAAAUUUUUGGCAUUGGGUUUUGGUGUGAAAUACGAGCUGUUCUUGUGAGAUUCAUUAACGCAGGUCAAUAUUACCUCUAACUAAACCAGAUGAAUAUUAAUGCCAACGCCAUCAAACACUAACUGGAUUAAUGAAGGACUCGAAGGAGAAUCCAAAAACAUUAAACUUCAUGAACUACAGAAACAAAUGAAGACACAAGAUCAUUCAGAAGCCAAACGACCUUUGAACUUUCACUGGAUGAAGAUUUACCUUAUAUAAUGUUCUCAGUGUCUGCCAAUAUCAUCAUCAUCAUCGUUCUCUGAUGCUCUGAAUUAGAUUUUUUUUUUUACACUAAAAAUAUUUUUUUUGUAUGAUGUAUUGAAACGUUCAGCUGUUAAUUGUGAUUUUUUUAUUUUUAUAUAACAUGUUUUUGAUGUUGCCAGUUGGAUUUGUGUUUGUUUUCCUCAUUUGAGCUCAUGACGAACAUGUCGGUGUUUUAUCAUACUGAGCGUUACAUUGAAACAUUUGACAGUUAUUUAAAGCCACCAGAACAUUACAUUGUAGCCUCGUUUCAUCAAAGCCAAAACGAGUCGGCUGAAGUCUCUGAGUAUUACGAGGAACAUGUAGACAUAUGAUACACUUCAUUUCAUGACUAUGUACUGCUAAACUCUGACUGGUCAUGUUGUAACGUUGGUGAAACGACAGGUCAUUAUGAAACUAAUCCAAUUAAAAGACAUGAAACCA